AUGGCGUCUAGUAGUAGAACUAUGGAAGAUUUGGGACAUCAGUGGGCUGAUCUACAAGUGGAAGAUGAAAAUGAAGUGGGGCUUUUAUUUGAUCAGGAGGAGGUGUUGGUUGAUGAGUUUGAUGGGAGGUGGUGUUUAGUCGGGAAAUUACUAUCUGAUAGGCCGGCCGAUUUUGACUCUCUAAGGAAUGUAAUGGCAUCUUUGUGGCGACCCGGGAAAGGGAUGUAUGUCAAAGAGCUGGAGACUAAUCGGUUCUUGUUUCAGUUCUUCCACGAGGUGGAUAUUGGCAGAGUUUUGGAGGGAACGCCAUGGACAUUCAAUAAAAGUCUGCUGCUAGUUGAAAGGAUACAGGGAGGGGAGAAUCCUCGGACUAAAUCGUUAAAUAGCAUGGAAAUAUGGGUGCAAGUUUAUAACCUCGAAAUCGGUUUUCGAUCGGACCGUGUGUUACAAGGGGUGGGAGCGUACAUUGGCAAAUAUGUGUCCUCUUGUCCGAAAAACUUUGCUGGUAUUUGGAGAGACUAUUUCAGAGUUCGAGUGCAGAUCAAUGUAGAGAAACCAUUAAAACGGAGAAUGCGUAUCUAUAAAAACAAGACGGAGUGGUUCUGGGCUGACUUUAAGUACGAGCGGGUGCCAACGUUUUGCUUCAUUUGUGGUACAAUUGGACAUUCGGAAAAAUUCUGUCAUCGGUUGUUUGAUGAACCGAUCGAAACAAUUGCCAAACCUUAUGGGAUGUUUAUGAAAGCUCCAGACAGAAGGCAAGGAAAACAAAUCGGAGCUAGGUGGCUUAGAGAUAACAUGGGCCAGCCGAUGGGUUCUUUUGCCGGCCAGAGUUCAUCGGAGAAUCAUGGGGAAGGUGGAAUCAAUCAGAAUCGGCCAUUAAGGGAUAUUAUUAUGAUUGAUGGAGUAGAUAGUGGAGAGAAAUCAGGGGAUACGAAUGUGGAAAGAAUGCAGUUUAGAGUUGAAGGCAAACAAGGAGAAAAUCAAGGGAUUUCUUCUAAAGAGAUAAAUGAGGAAAGUAAUGAGAUAAUAGCACAAGUGGAUCUCUUUGCUACUGAUUUAAAGAGGCGCCGUAUAAAUGGGGAAGGUCAAAGUGAACAAUUAAUUGGGAAGGAGGUGGGACCAGAUCUGGUACUUGAAGAAAGUGAGAGGCCCAUCAAUGUGGAAAGUAGGCCUUUUGAAAAUGUCAUUAUUAAAAAUGGCAAAGAAACAGUGGUGGACCGUGGGCUUGCUUCUAGAAUUGAGGAGGGGCUUGUGCAAGUGGACUCUGAUGCAUGCAUGGAGAUAAAUAAUGGUAUUUUUCCAAAAAACGAUCUAUUGGCGGGUACUCAUUUUGGGUCCCGCCAGCCAUUAUGA